GGCCUCCCCGGCCCGCGACCACCACAACGCCCGGAGCCGCGAUGGGCGACUGGAAAAGCUACAUCUGCGCAGUGCUGCGCGACCAGCGCAUCGACGACGUGGCCAUCGUGGGCCACUCGGACAACCGCUGCGUGUGGGCGUCGCGGCCAGGCGGCCUGCUGGCGGCCAUCUCCCCGCAGGAGGUGGGUGUGCUGGUGGGCCCCGACCGCCGCACCUUCCUGCAGGCCGGCCUGAGCGUGGCGGGCCGCCGCUGCUGUGUGCUGCGCGACCACCUGCUGGCGGAGGGCGACUGCGUGCUGGACGCGCGCACCAAGGGGCCGGACGGCCGUGCCGUCUGCGUGGGCCACACGCCGCGCGCGCUGCUGGUGCUCAUGGGCCGGCGCGGGGUGCACGGCGGGGUCCUCAACAAGACGGCGCACCAGCUGGUGCGCGGGCUGCGCUCGCAGGGCACCUAGGCCGGCCCCCCAAUAAAGACCGGCGGGCAGGCCGGCAGGCAA